GACCGCCUCAAAAGCCCAAGGCUCUCAAGACAUCAGACGCCUAAACAUACCUACGUCUUCAUUGUGUCAUGAUACCCAAGACUCUUCGUCAUGUUGUCCUCAACCAGUAAUUCCUCCCUCGCACGGACGCGCAUUUUGCGAUCAAAUACCCUCAAAGCCCCAGCGGCCCCAACUCCGCAGCCUUCUUCAGGCCCCUCGAAUAUCAGUCUCUUCCUCACCAAUCUUCACCUACUAGACCUAGAUCUUCGAGAUGACUGGCCGGAUAUUACAGAAGUGACCUUUUCCACGAAAGAUGCCCAGCAAAAUCAGAAAAAACGAAUACAAUGUGUCGAAUGGGCUCUGUUCCAGUUGUUUGCCCUGUGGGACCCUGAAGAGACUCGAAAUAAACUCCAGCCAUUCUUUCCUCCGCUCGAACCUCUACAGUCCCUCAAUCUUCGAACCGCCCUCUUUCGAUGUCUUGACCAUGCGAAGAAGAAUGGUGUCUUAGGGCGAGACACCGUUCUGAGAAAGACUAUGCUGGAUGAGUGUAAGGGGGAACGAUUGGAAGAGAUUCUAGCUGUGUUUUCGAAUGUUGUUCUGAAGAAGGUACUCCAGGAAGCGGGGGAAACACAACCGCUACCAAUUGCCCAACAACUGGCCUUCGAAAACUUCUCGUACUCUGGAGAACGCACAGCUUUAUCCGCCUUAAUACUGGCACACAAAGCAUCACUACGCAGCCACAUACAGGGGAAGGAGGACGCAAAAGCUAGGUACCGCGAUUUCGCGGACCUCAUGAACCUCAACGAUCGUCGAAUCGCCCGCAGACACGAACAAUUGAAACAAGCCAUUGAGGAGCGUGGCACACAAGAGAAUAUAAUACCAGAUAAAGAAGUCAGGGCACUACAGGAUCAAGUACGGAAGAAUUGGCUGGGUAGGGAUGAGUGGUUGGACUCCAUCUUGUACGGGGACAGCAGGGUUAAUGGUGAGGGGCUUCUGGCAACAAAGUUCGACAAGGUGUGGAAACAUGUAGAAGACGGAAGUAUUGGCGAUGUUGAGGGGAAGAAACAGGUUGGGCUGCUCGAGCAAUUGGAUGCACGAGUUAGGGAUCAAGAGACUCGACUAGCAAGGUGGCAGGAUUUUGGAAAGACCCUAUCGAAACCGGAAAAUCCUUCUCCUUCGAAGAAGAGCGGACCAACCUCGGUAGAUGGCAAAAAAAUCGAUCUUGGUUUCAACCUACACGAAAGUUUGCAGAUUAGUCGGAACAGACUGGGCCAAACGGUUGAAGCAAUAAACCAUGCAUCACUCGAGGAAUAUACCCGACUUAUUGAGAACAUGAAGACUGAGAUGGCAAAUGUUGGGAGAACACCGACGCGACAACGACCAUCUAUGGAGAGUUUCGUCCCAGAGGGAACUCCUUCCACCACGGCCUCUCCGAUCAUUGAAAAGGGUGAAUCUCCUAUAGCAGAGACAAAUAAUGAAGCGUGGUCCUCAGCCAGCGACAUAGAUGAACCGUCACCUGAUCCGAAGAUGGACACUAUAAGACCCGUGUCGGAUAAGACAGCAGAAGUACCUGGGGUUGACCCCGAAAGAGAGUCUCUACCGAACAAUUCCCAAAUCCAAAAGAUUGAUUGUCCUCAUGUUAAGGACGAUCCGGGGUUGGACAGGGAAGAGACUUCGGUAGAGAGUCAAGAGCUUCGUGAAUGGCGUCGGCCGCCUUCACUUCAUUCUCACACCCCUCAACAAAUUUCCAUCCCCGAACCUACACAGUCAGGUGAGUCGGAGUCCGACCUAGCAGAUCAAAUCUUGAACUCUGUCUCUGCCUCCUCGCCUUCCCCCAAGAAGAGGCAUACACUUUCACUUGCAGAACGAACGCGGCUCUCAAUGUCACGGGCCUCGCAUUCCAAAUACUCAGACCUCCAUGACGAUUUGGACAAUCUGGCAGACCUACCACGUCUAUCACUCAGACCCAAACCCCAACCCGCAAAGAGGCUAUCCAUCGCGUCGGAGGAAGACAAACAUGCAGACCUCAUCGAGCGGACCCGGAAGAGCAUGGCUGGGUUCGAAGCGGCACAGAAGAAAGCACAGAUAGAAAGAAGGAGGAGUUUGAAAGAUGCGCAGAAACGACAGAGAGAGUCGAGCUAUUUCCCCAAAGUUGAGGAAGAACCCAUAACUCCGAGUAUUGACCCGGUGGAGCUGAUUGAAGGCGAUCCGGAUUAUGAGAGUGUGUUCAAGAGCAGACCCAGGAUCAAGACAAGCCCGGCAGCGAGCCCGAUGAAGCUCUGGGGGGACGAGAGUGAGGAUUGAUAGUGGACGAGAGACAUUCCGUGAAGGUAUGGGUGUCGGAUUAGAAAAUGGGGCAAUGAUGAACGGAUAUCCACACUCGAUUUGCUUCUGCGUGAGCAACAUGGCAUAAUAAUGUCAGCGUCUCAAAGGCUCCGAGCCAGAGAGAUCUGCACGUUGGAUGAAACGUUGGGCUAGCAGCCUCUCUGUCGUUGACAGGGCACGAUGAUUGCGCCGCCCAGGCAUUGGACGAACAUCACGAUAUCAAAGCCACGUGAGGUGAGCACGAUGCCAGUUCGAGGCAAAUGCAGGAUCCCCUAAAAUUACAGUGGGCCGCCGUCUGUGGCACUGGCACUCCGCACCGCCCCAUCUAGCCAAACCUCGUAUCGGAUUAGCCCCGCCGUUGGUUCUGGCCGGC